AUGGAGAAUGGACGAAGGUAUCAAGCAUUGAAGGAAAAUGUCUAUUGGAGCCCCUCAGAUGAACAGCAAUUCGAAGCGUUCGAGCUGGGUCACAUGGUGUCUAUCAUGUUGGAUUACCACCAGCCCAAUCGCUUCUUUGCCGCGCCUAUCGGCAAUAAACCCAAGCACAUUUUGGACAUUGGAACCGGGAGAGGCAGCUGGGCAAUAGAUGUCGCAGAUCAAUAUCCAGAAGCCACCGUCCGCGGGGUGGACCUCUUUCCACCUCCAGUCACCUGGGUCCCGCCUAACUGCGUGUUAGAAGUUGACGACGUGCAGAGGCCAUGGACAUGGAAAGAGCCCUUUGACCUGAUUCACAUCCGCCAGCUACUCGGCUCAUUCACUCCCGAAGGAUGGCGAGAUUUAUACCAGCAAUGUUACGAAAACUUGGCCCCCGAUGGCUGGAUCGAACAGAUGGAGUUUGAUGUCCGCGUACGCAGCGACGACGGCUCUCUCCCACCAAACAGUGUGCUAGCCGGCUGGGGCGAUAACUUCAUUGCUUGUGCAGCACGAGCGGGCCGAUCACUAACGACCCAGGAGACCAUGCGAGCUUCGAUUGAGGCGGCGGGGUUUGUGGAUGUGCAUGAACGUCUGUACAAAGUUCCCAUGGGCCCCUGGCCCAAGGAUAAGGUCCUCAAGGAAGUCGGCCUGCUCAAUCUGGAGCACUGGAAGUCCGGACUGGAAGGUUAUGCCAUGUGGCUACUGACGAAAUUUGGCGCUCCAACUCCCUGGACUAAAGAGGAAGUUGAGAUAUACCUGGUGAAUGUGCGCAAGGAAUUGCAGAAUGCCCACAUUCAUGGAUACGGAUACGCGUGA